CAGCAGCAGCAGGAGGAGCGGAGCAAGUGGAGGAAGAGGAGGCUGGGAGGGGCCCAUGGAGGGAGAGCGGGGCUCUCUCAGGAUCCUUACAGUCAUAAUGGAUGAUCUAAACCUGCACUACAGAUUUCUGAACUGGCGGAGGAGAAUCCGAGAGAUCCGAGAGGUGCGAGCUGUCCGUUACCAAGAACGGUUCAAACAUAUCCUUGUUGAUGGGGACAUACUAAGUUACCAUGGAAAUUCUGGGGAAGUUGGCUGCUACGUUGCUCCUCGCCCGCUGACCAAAGACAACAAUUAUUUUGAGGUGUCAAUUGUGGACAGCGGUGUGCGGGGGACCAUUGCAGUAGGGCUGGUGCCUCAGUACUAUAGCUUGGACCAUCAGCCUGGAUGGCUACCGGAUUCAGUUGCUUACCAUGCUGAUGAUGGCAAGCUUUACAACGGCCGAGCCAAAGGCCGUCAAUUUGGAACAAAAUGUAGUUCUGGGGACCGAAUCGGUUGUGGUAUUGAACCAGUGUCUUUCGAAGUCCAGACAGCCCAGAUAUUCUUCACCAAAAAUGGGAAGAGGGUGGGCUCGACUAUCAUGCCACUUUCCCCAGAGGGGCUCUUCCCAGCCGUGGGGAUGCACUCGCUGGGGGAAGAAGUCCGCCUCCAUCUCCAUGCAGAGCUUGGCAACGAGGAGGAAGAUGACAGCAUCAUGAUGGUGGACAGCUAUGAGGAUGAGUGGGGCCGACUGCAUGAUGUAAAAGUCUGCGGCACACUCCUGGAAUAUGUGGGGAAGGGGAAGAGCAUAAUUGAUGUGGGUCUAGCCCAAGCCCGACAGCCCCUGAGUACUAGGAGUCACUACUUUGAGGUGGAGAUCGUAGAUCCCGGAGAGAAAUGCUACAUUGCACUAGGCCUGGCUCGCAAGGACUACCCAAAAAAUCGGCAUCCUGGCUGGAGCAGGGGAUCAGUGGCCUACCAUGCAGGUUCCACAAGCAGACAUUUGGGUGGCUUCCACUGGAUGAGUCUCUCUUGAGGAAAAAUAACCACC